AUGGACUCUGCCCCUGCAAUGGCCCAGUUGUCGCUGGAUGAUACAUUGGGUGCCGCGUUUCUAGGCAACAUAGCAGCUGCUUGUCUAUACGGAGGCACGGUUGUGCAGACCUACAUUUACUAUGGGCGCAACGGAGGAGACAGGCUGUAUUUGAAGCUCCUUGUGUUCUUCUUAUGGCUCGUUCCUCUUUCCCGACCUUGCCGACCCUCGGCUGAGUUCAUCUACUACUAUGCUGUCAAGGACUUCUCCAACCCUCUGGCACUCGAGAUACCGAUAUGGAGUAUAAUGGCUCAAGUCGUCGUAACUGGCGUGAGCGAUCUCAUCGUUAGAAGCAUCUUCUGCGAUCGGGUAUGGAAAUGUACGCCCAUCUCCUUUGGCCUAUUCGCGGGCAUGCGUAACCCGUGGGAGUCGAUAUGCACUGUGCUGAUAGCUGCGAAAUUCGAAGAUGACGAUAUCCCUCAUUGGGGUAGCCUUGCUUUUGCGAUCAAGGGACUCAGUUUAGCGUCAUUCGCCGACCUGUUUGAGGUCUCGACCAUCUUGUAUAUCAGCUUAGGAUCGGGCGUACUGGCGGACGUCCUCAUUGCUGCCUCGAUGUGCGUCCUGUUGGCUCAACGUCGAACAGGGUUCUCGAGGACGGAUUCUAUAGUCCGCGUCUUGACCAUGUACAGUAUCAACACUGGCGCUCUCACCAGCCUCUGCGCGUUGCUCUGUCUCGUCAGCUAUGCGACGAUGCCUACCAAUUUCGUGUUCAUCGCGUUCUACUUCGUUCUUCCCAAAUUGUUCCUGAACUCGUUGCUCGCGACGUUGAACGCGCGGCGUCCACUUAGAGAGGCCGACCCAAGCAUGGUCUCCAUCCCGCUCGCUACGACAUCCACCUCACCCUAUCUACCGCCCAUCAGGCCGGCGCGACACAGCCUCCGUCCUCGAAACGCCAGUGAUCAGUCCGGGCUGCAAAUCCAGGUACAUACGGCGACUGAGCUGAAGACAGACCCCGCUGAGCAGCAGAUCAUGGGCGGCCCUGAUGAGGCCAGCCAGAAGUUCUGGCAGGACUUCUACGCUAGAAUCGAAGAACCGCACGAAACCGGCACCGUGUAG